AUGCAGAGUACGAAGACUCAUUCAUUGCUUCCACGUCUCCCUGACUGCACUGCGACUCCUGGUUGCAUGCCCAAAUCAUAUGAAAUUGUAUCACCAUUUCACACCCUUUCUUCCAUGCCUCAGUCACGGCCCUUCCGGCACUGUCCGAAGUUGUCGCCAGCCAACCGUUUACUUGACGAGGCGACGUUUGAGUGCACAUUUUCCCAAUAUUCCCACAUGUACAUAGUCGGCCACACACCGAGCCCGACCAAUGAGCCGGAAUUAUUUUGCUCCCCUUCCUCGCUUGGCCCCUCCGGUGGACUCUCUCACCGUCCGCCUGCCUUUUGCAGACUCCCCACUGUCUCACUCUCUCGUCGUCGUCCUCUCUCUCUCUCUUUCACACACACACACACCCACACACACGCACACACGUCUUCUUUAAGCAUACACACAUUCUAUCCUUCAUUCACUGCACCCUCCGAAGCUCAAAGUCUACCAAGGCCGGACGAUUGUGUCCAGCGGACGAGACGCCGUCAGCGAGAAAAGGGAAAUAUUGUCAGGAAAUCGGUCCGCUCGAGCCCCGUCACGCUUCGCUGCACAUCAUCCCGUUGGCCACCAAAAACCGGCGGCCGCCCACUCAGCCUCGCUUCACAUACAAACCGUCUUGCCGGAGGACUCGUAAUUGCAAGAAUAUCUUCCAUAGCCUCACUGGCACGUGGGCACUCGGUAACUGCUGCGGUGAAGAUGCUCGUCUCUCGAUAA